AGGAACUUGUGUAGCCACCUACCGCGUAUCGCUGAGCGGUGUCCAACAGCUGCUGUUCGCCCUCGAGGGGCGAUCCGUGGCGGGGGACCUGGGGGGGUUGGUGGCGAAUUUGCAGCAGGUGCCGGCUGAGAAGGUGGUUUUCAACUGGGAAUGUUGCUCCUGCUGCAGUGAACGCGGCUUUCAAAGCUUUGGCGCACCCAGCUGCGGCGAAGCCACUUUGAAGCUGGCAAAGGUGGCGUUGGAUCGGGGAUACAUGGUGAUGUUCAGUGACUUCAGUUUGAAGGCCCUCAUUGCCUCUUGGAAGUCCGACUACUUCGGUCCCAAGCCCUUUCAACAGACGGGCGGCUGCAGCGGUCAGAUCCGAUUGAACUUUGAUCCUGAAACACUGAAGAAAUGUUCCUCGAAACAGUUGGCCAAAGUGGGUGAACUUUGUGAAGAAGGGAAAGCUGUGAUCCAUGCCGCCAGCAACACCAUCGUCUACCAGCUGCUGCCCAGCGCAGCACAGGAGGCGGAACGCACCAAAGCGUAUCGCAUAGAGGUGCUCACCACCGUGUCCUGCCCCAGCGCCGCGGCGCAUGCGGGUUAUGGCGCGGUCUACGGUGGCAUCAACGCGGCGGGAUUUUCGCAAGCGCCCAGCAGUCAGAAAUCCAUGGGUCAUGUGCUGUUGACGUAUCUCAGUGGAGGAGCCCUUGGGUGGGAGCUGACAUCGCGCUGGCACUCUCCUGGGUUGAGGGAGUUGGCAAACUCCCAGAUCAUCAGCGCUGUCAAGGCGGUGCGUGCGCUGAGAUCUGUUUCCACUGGGCUUCAAAGCGCUGGGGAUUCCCGUGCCGCUAAAGCCAGUGGAUCCCAGGAGAAGGCGGCUGCGCCAGCUGAAAGGGCGCCUCUCCCUAGGCCCAGGGAAGGCGAUCACCCAAAGGGGCCAGAGCCGGUAAAGGAGCAAGAAGCUUCUUCCGGUGACAGCCAAGAAGAUUCAGAGGAGUCUUCUGGAAGGCCUGGGACAGCGCCCAAGAGCAAUCCAGCACUUAGGCCUCCAGAGCCGGAGUUACCUCCGUUGCCCAGGCGCCCUGAGAGCUCAGCUAAGCGCAGUUUGCCUGAGGAGGAGCUAGCGGCCCCAGAGGUGAAAAAGAAGAAGAAGAAGAACAAGGACAAGCGAGACAGAAGGGGAAACAGGGCUGGUAGGAACCAUCCCCGGCUGUACCGAGCUGUUGACAACCCAAACGCACGUCUGCAUCGACGUCUUCCUGCCAACUACUGGGAUACACCUGAUAGGAUUGGCGACCUGGGGAUCAUCGCAGAGACAGGCGAGAUGGACGUUGAGCCUGGGCAGCUCUUCACUAGUGAAAGAUGGGAAGAAUGGACUGCCUGCGCAUUGCAGAGAGGAGACAUCUUGGAAACAGACAUUCCGGUGUCGGCGGAUCCCGCAGAGGGAGAAGGCAUUUGUGCUUUCUUGGUGCAGAAGGUCAAGGUGACGUUGGCUGGCGAUCUUGCAGUGGUGGUCAAAAGCCUGGGGUCAGAUGUGGCUUCAAUUCAGCGAAACAUGUCGCUGGCGUUCAACCGAAAGCGAGGCACCUUGCACCUUUGUGGCGGCCGUUGCAUCUAUCCAGAGGCUCACACUUUGCAUUUGAGUCAUUUCAGGCUGUACAACUACACCAACUACGAGGCACCGUUCAUCACUGCCUACACCAAGAGGGCUAUGACAAAGUGGCUCGACGAGGAUCUGAUAGAAGUGGAAGACCAGAUAGACGAGUUGGAGCUCACUGGAGAUUCUCUCGAGGAGUCUGCUGUGGGAGACAAGAAGAAGUCAGAAGAGGAAGCAAAGAAGCCGAAAGAACGCAAGGCAAAACCGAAAGAUCCAAGAAAGAAGAAACAGGCAGAGGCAGCGCCAGCUGCCGUUGGAGGAGAUGGCAAAACACCAGGAGAUGGACCUAUAGAUCGAGCUGCCCUGAAGGAGAAGCUGGCAGGGCUUCGUGCAAAGCUCCUGGGGGGCGUAGCUGCGCCCUCUGGGAUCCCAGUUGGGCUGGAGCCGGAUGGUGGCGAGGACGAGGAAGCUCGCAGCGGGGAAUCUUCCUCGCGCGGUUAUUCUCCCUCACCUCUGCCCGUGCCCCUUCAGAGUGGGACCCAUCUUCGAGCGCUGGGGGAGGAUGGCCCGUGCGCUGGGGACCACUCGAAGGAGACGAGAGAGAAGAAGAAGAAGAAGAAGAAGAAGAAGAAGAAGAAAAAGAAGAAGAAGAAGGCUUCAAAAGACAAAGGAGACAGGGAAGCCCAGAGGCUGAAGGACGCAGGCCUGUUGGCCAUAAAAGAUGGUACUACGAGCAACUUGCAGCGCCAGUUGGUAGCUCGCGCAGCAGAUGCCGCUCAGAGGAAAAAGGCAGAGAGAAAGCACGAGAAGAAGAAGUCCCACAAGGUGGACGCUCCUGCACAGUUAUUGAGGAUCCUUAUGGGCAAGAAACCCCGCAAGAAGAAAGAGGAGGAUGGAGAGAAGAAGAAGAAGAAGAAAAAGCGGAAGUCCCAGGACAAAAAGAGAGGACCUCCAGGCAGCAGCGAUUCAGGAAGUUCAGGAGGAGGCAGCUCUCCGACGCCCAGCUGGGACGAUGGCUCCAGCGAGCACUCGGGGGAGAGCGAGUCGGAGUCCAAAGAACUGGAUGCUCCCUUAAAGCGCCGGUCAAAAGAAAAGCCAGGCAGCGUUUUGGGACUUCUGGUGGAGCACGCCAGGCAGCAGUUGGAUCAAACUGCCAAGGUCAGCCUUCAUCAAGUGUCCAAGGACAAUCCGACGUUGGGGGUGAAGCUGACCAGUUACUUCUCCAUCGUGGUGCGUCCCCGCUUGGGGGCAGUGACGGCACCAGUGCGGGAACUCCACUUGCUGUCCUCAGCGAUGGAUCUACUCCGACAGGGGGACCUCGACAUCUUGGGGGACCUAUUGGCCAGUCGCUUUAUGUCGGUGCAUCAAUCGAUCAUCGACGGAAGCUGGACUACGGCCAAGCACUUGGAGUUGAUGCCAUUGGAGGAGGAGAGCGCAGCCGGGAAUGCUAUCAUUCUCCAGGUGCGCAAGCAUGCUCGUCUGGCAUCGCGUCUCCACAACCAGGAGUUUUGGACCACCAACGCCGGCGCCCGUGGCAGAGGUGGACGCGGCAAAGGACAGCAGUGCGGCGACAGCUCAUGGCAAGGUGGAGAAAACAAAGGUCGUGGCAAGAAGGGGGGAAAAGGCAAAGGAAAGAACAAGAACUCUUGGCAGGGCCACCAGGCAAGCGAAGGCGAUGCGAGCACCAAGACAAAGGAAAAGGAGUGGACUCAAAAGAGAUCACGCCAAGCACACCGGGACCGCGCACGUUCGCGUGGUUCGACAUUCCCUAUAAGAGAGGGAGAAUUGCAUGAGAUGGUGGAAUCUUUUCAGUCCCUUAGCCUAGCCAGCGCUGUUACGUGCGCGCAGCUGGCCAGGUUUUGGGUUGAUUGCUGGGUGUUUUUGAUAGUGCGCAGCUUGAAUGUGCUGUCAGGGGCCGUGGCUGGACCUUUUCCGGGCCGCUGGACUCAGAUGGAACGCUCUGCUGUGAACAGCAUCCGAGCCUCGGUGCGCCGAAAGCGGGGCACUGAUGAACUCCGGCCUGCUAUGACUUUGGAAGCAUGGCAAAAGGAGAUGAGCGGGCGGCAGAUUGGAUACAAUGGGGAAGAAAUUUCUAUUUGCCAUAAGCUUUCUUGGGAUCAAGUCAUUCCUGCUUUACCCCCUGAAGCUCAUGGAGGUUGUAUUUCUGCUUUGGAUUGGGUAGGGGAGCGCACGUCACCCUCGAAACCUGCUGAGAAAGGAAGAUUGUGUCAUGAAGCUGCUGAGAAAGCAUGGAUGCAAGCGGGCGUUUUGAGCUCGGAAAAGAAGCGCGUAUCUGCGAGCAAGAGAGUUUUGGAGCUGGGCGCAGAGAUUGAUGGAGAGGCUCAAACUUUGGGCGUAGGCAUGAGUUUUCUGCAGAAGACCUGGGCGUUCACUGGGGGAAGUCAAAGGAUCACUGCAAAAUUGCGUGAAGAGGUAAGGAAAGAGCUCCUUUUUCUGGUUUCAGCUGCACCCCUUUUUCACUGUUUUCUUGGAGCAGGAAUUUGCAAGCAAAUUGUGGCAACUGACGCCUCAGAAAAGGGGGGUGCUGUCGGUUUUGCUGAAGAACUGAGUGCAGAAGGUCAUGAUUUUCUCCAAGCAUGCCGGAAAAAGGAAAGGUUGCAGAAUGCUAUGACUAUCCCUGUCUUAGUGCUGUCGCUUUUUAACGGCAUAGGCGGGGCGUUUCGUGCCUAUGACAUCCUGGGUGUGCAGCCCCUUCAUCGGAUUGCGGCCGAGUUGGAUGACGGCGCAAACAGGAUAACUUCCCGCCGCUGGCCUGGGACUCUCAUCGUCAAAGAUGCGAAGCUUAUCAAUGAGGCUAUGGUGAAAGAAUGGAGCAGGACUUACACUGACAUCUCUGAGAUACAUCUAUGGGGUGGCUUUCCUUGCACGGAUUUGUCAGCUGUUAAGGUAGGACGCUGGAAUUUAUUGGGCAGUCAGAGCUCUCUGUUUUGGGAGAUCCCUCGCAUAAGCAAGCUACUGAGGGAGCAUUUUGGAGAAGCGGUUUUGCUUAAAGAAGUUUUGGAGAACGUUGCUUCUAUGGACAAAUCAGCGGCAGAGGAGAUCACAGAAGCGGUAGGACAUGUGCCAUACAAGCUUGAUUGCGUACAGGCUGUACCCAUGAGGCGACCCAGGUUCGCCUGGACAACUGAAACACUUGAAGCCCUUGCACCUGAUGUGAAGGUGAUUCCGCGGGGUUAUUUCAAAGAAGUUGAAGCUUACUGUGAAUAUCCAGAUUUGUCACAAUGGCUCACCCCGGGUUACGACUGGAAGGGGUACGCAGAUGGUUCCGUUCUGCCAACAUGCUUAAAGAGUAUACCAAGAGAUUUUCCACCUCCCCGUCCAGCGGGACUCCAGAAAUGCGAUCCAGCUUGCCGUCAACGUUGGACAGAAGAUCAGUACAGGAACUUUGUACCCCAAAUGCCGUAUGGUUUCCUUUGCAAACGAAUGGGCACUGCACCAGGGUUUUGUGCUCACUUCCGCAGUAUUGUCCCUUUGUGUCGACAUUUGGCGUAUGGUUCUUCUCCCCUUCAACAAGAUUUGAUUGAUCUGGGAAUGGAUUUGCUCAACCGCAUGCUCCUUAGGUCCGCAAAGGACUUGGACAGGAGAUGCUUCCUUUAUGGUCGGCUAGUGGAUCUGCGUUCAGAACUCGUUUCCGAAACUUGUGCAUUUCAUUUGGACUUCAACGUCAUUCUUUUAGACCUUACAGCUUGCGUCGUGGUGGAGCUACGCACUGCUUUCAAACCUCUCAAUCUAUGGAAAUGGCAUUGCUUCGUGGACGCUGGGAAUCAACAAAAGAGGGAAGUUGUCUUGUGCCUCAUCCAGGAGGUUUUCUAUGAAGGAAAGUUGAGGGAAGUUGUCUUGUGCCUCAUCCAGGAGGUUUUCUAUGAAGGACGGAUGUUGACUUCUGCAGGGCAUUGGAAGGAGUUGGUGCAUCUGGGUGGUGUCUCUGAGGAUGCCUUGCUCCGAGUGGCCGAACGUUACUAUGGCAAGGAGUUCAGCAGCAAUCUGGGGAUGCAGUUGAGCUCUGUUCGGAUCGUGGCAACCGCCCUUCCUUCAAACCUGGUGAACCCUCAUGUGAAGUUGGUCGAGUCGUUCAUGGAUGAUACGUGCCGUGGGAAGCACGAGUGGACCGUUGAAUUUGACUCGACCUACAAGAGGGCACCUGGUGGAGGCAUCCACUUCUGCAAACAGUGCGGGUGCCUUAAUGAGCUCAUGCAGACCCAAGUCCAAGGUGAGGGCGAGUACGGCGCGUCGUUCAACCCUGAAGGUCGGUUGCUUUGGAAAGCGCACGUGACGAGAUGGGGAGAAUCAUUCACCCAAAUGAGACCGAGUGAAGCUCGUGCACGCUCCAAUGUAGAGCAAAUUUUCGGUGUCAUGCACCAAGAUUGUCUUCCCAAGCGUGCGAUUCGCACAGCGCGAAGGCGGUUUUUUGUUUAUCAUGAUGAUUCUGAGCACCGUUGUCGCACGCGGGCCGACAGAGUCUGGUGUAACAACUGGAUGGCGCACAGGCGCAAUGUCUUUUUGAAGGAAUUCGGCGAUCAUCUGCCCUUGCCAGUGCUCUUGCUAGCUCGACGCCUGAAGCCCGUUAAGCGCUGGCGCAGAUUUUGCAUGGACAAGGAUUAUCGGCGAAGCCCGAAGAAGUUGCUCAAGGCUUACCCUCGUGAAUACCGAGGGAAGCUUAGAGCACUGGUAGCCGAUAUUCGAACUCUCGAUCCUGAGGUGUGGCAUAAGGCGUUUGAAGGCGAUGCUUCUGACUUUGGCAAGUGUUUCACUCCUAUUUUGCGUCUCCGAAUUUUGCGUCCGAGUCAUCAGCAAAAAGCAUUGCGAGCUCGAGCUUCGAGGCAGCAAUGUCCGGACGUGGGCAGUCGGAUGCAGAUGCAGCAAGCCUAUGCCCAGCAAUGCGUGCAGCCCAUGUUGCAUCAGUGCUGUUCCUCCAAUCUGUACAGUGCUGUGAGGAACGCUUGUGCGAAAAGACGUCUUUUUCGGGGGGGCCCCACGGGGGAACGGGAGAUGGCUAGAGUCGGCUAUGGUAAUGCGGGUGAAGCAUCAAGUGCCUACCCUGCUCCUUCAGAUACCAGUUCGGUGUCUGGGGUCUCAAGAUCCAGCCAGUAUAACGCCCUUGCUGAGGAGAUUCCGGUUGUGCCUGAUUUUUGUGUGGCUUUGUGUGGUCGCCUGGCGGCUGGUACACUCUCCGCUCGUCAGAGAGCAGAGCGGGCCUGGGAGAGUGGUUGCUGGGCCAAGUUCGUUUUGGAAGGCAGAAUCCAAAAGCCCAGACCGUCGCGACCUUGCGACGUUGCAAACUCUAUCUACGUGGUCCUCAGAGCCCAAGGGUACCUUUGCCCUCUCUACGUCACCUCCGCCAGUGCCUACCGAGCGAUUGUGGGCGACUUCAAGAGCGACACUUUGUCGCACGGCUUUGGUUCACAGGCAGAAGCUAAGGUUUACUGUGCAGGGGCCGGAGUGGCCUUUCCAUCGGCGUUGCAGGCAGCAGCACAACAUGCAGAGCAGUCUCUAUUAGGGCCACAUACUGUGCUGACUAUCCCUUCCGCACGUUUCCUGGAUGGUCAGUUGGUGCCUACAGAAGAGUCUAUGGAUGUGCAGGUGGUAGAUGUCAGCUUAGACGUUUUGCUUGCAAUGCGGCCUUUUGUGUUGGGGAUGGAGCUUCAAGAGCCUAUGGUGAUGUUUGGAGAAGAAGCCGAGGUUUUGCCAGAUCCAACCACUCUUUUGGCCUAUGUCAGGGAAUGGAUUACUGUGGCCGGACAGGGCCGCACGGUCUUUUAUUCUGCAGAGGAGCCAGAGAUGGUAGAGGAGGCAGGCCCAACUCCAAAGGUGGGCAAGGCAAAGCAAAAGGCAAAGGCAGUAGAGAAGGCAAAGAAGCCCAGUCCUCAGCAGGUUGCAGAGCAGAUCCAGAGCCUAGCAAAGAUGAUUCCUGCAAUGGCACAAACACUAGCAGUAAUGCAAGAGGAGCAAACACGCAUGAAGGAAGCCAUGGAAGGAGUUGCAAUGUCUCCCCCUCCACGAGCCUCCCAAGCUCCUGUAGCCAUGUCAAUGCAGGCUUUUGCAAAGGUGAUGGGUCAGCCCCCCAAGGUCAGGGGUCUGGCUGUUCCCGCGCCGCCUCCGCCAAAAGCUCACAGGAUGCAGCUGGACUCAGCUUUGAAUGUGCAGGAGCAAGCAGAGGAGUCAGAACCUCUGAAAGAGAGCAGCAGCUUGGCACUUGCAGUCCUAGAGCAAAGCAAGGCCCUCACAAGUUUGGUUUCGCAGCUGUCUUCAGGCGACCCGCUCCUGGACCAUCAGGCCACAGGAGCCACAACCUCUUCCAAAGGGGCUCAAGGCCGAGAAAAGCUCAUGAGAGAGCUGGCCGACAGGAGCAGCGAUUUCUGCCUGACGGUGGCCCAGAAUGCUUACAGGAGGAUGAAGCCGGCAAGCAAGGCUCCAGCCACUCUGCAGGAGAUCUCUCAGACCGACUUUUCCAUGCUCAGCUAUCUAGAGCGUUUUGGGGGCUACGGAGGAGCAAGAGAUGUAGGGAUCAUGCAGUAUGCGAUGAGCUUCAUCAUGGACUGCGCCAUCAGGGAGGAUCUGGUGGGAGUACAGGAAUAUGCUGCCCUGUUUAUGGUGGGUCUGGAGCAGGCAGCGCAGGACCAGGGGCGCUGGGACCUUGCUUUUCAGCUGAUGCUUCUGGAGGACCCGCCCAGCCAGAUGUGGUCCUACAGAGGAGCAGGGAUUCCUCAGACUGGGCGGGCCCGGGCUUUUGCCCCCCUGUGCCCUCAGAGGUGGGCCACAGUUGCCUUGGCUUACGCAAAAGAAAUCGAUUUUAUUCAAUCCAAACGUUUGGAACUCAGCAAGAGGACUCCCACCCCAGCGCCAGCUGCAGUUCCGACUCCAAACCCAAAGAAGAAGCCGACCAAGUUCCCGAAGGCGAAGCAGUCAGCAGGAGGAGGACAGGCUUCCGGAGACAGCCAGGCAGCCACGUGCAAGGGCUCGACUAUGAAAGGUUUUUCUGCCUCUCAGGCCACAAUGAGCGGGGAAGCAGUUGAUGCAUGCAAUGGCUUGAGCACAGUGCCCAAGACCAUGAAUUUAUUUGGAUGGUCAUCUUUGAUUUUUCGGCAGCUGAUGACCUCCGGCACCAAGUUCUCGUACUUCGUGCUGAAGUGCGUCCUCGCAUGCAGGGGGCCUCGUGAUGAGGCCUCAACCGCUUUGUUUCCAUUGCCCCUGCCUCUUGGUGACGUUUGGAGCAGUGACCUGAAGUUGGUUGCACUUAUCAAAGCGGGCGGCCACAGUGGUGACUUUGAUGUUCUAAGCUGUGGACGCAAAGCUCAUCAAUUAGUUGCAAGGAUUGAGGAGCUGCACAAGACUUUGCAAAGUUUGGGUCUUGACAACAGCUCUUUCUACUCCAAGGAGAAGGUUGUACAGCGUGUGGAGAUGAACAAUGAGAAAGAUGAGCUGAGGCCAUACAGGAGCUUGGAUGCCUCUCGUUUGAAGAUCGUAGGGCAGGCAAACUGGGAUUGCCGGCCUUUCCUUUCAGACCUUCUCUACAUGAGCUUUGUUGAACCGAAGUCCAACCAGUUCUCUGUCAUUGCGCCACCUGAGCUCCUUCCUGACCUUUCUAGCGUUGAUAGGGCAGAGGUCAUUGAGCUGUGCCGUGUUUGGGAUGUCCGUGGGCUUCUCAAAGUCCUCCCUCGAAGUUAUGGCCCUCCUCAUUUGUGGAUGUUCUCCAAGGUGUUCAACAAUUUCAAGAGCACUACCACAGACAGGCAGAUUGGGGAUCGCAGGGGUCAGAAUUUUUGCGAGGGUCGGAUUGAAGGAGGGCCGUCUAGGUCUUUGCCUACGGCAUCCACUUUGCUGCAGCUUGAGGCCACACGGUUCUCUGAAGCCCUUGUUGGUUCAAUUGCAGACAGGAGGGAUUUUUAUCAUCAGUUUUUGACCACUGAUGAGAGGUGUGCCACAAACGUCCUGUUUCCACCUUUGUCUUUGGCAGAGAUUGCAGGCACUCACGCGGCAGCUGCGUAUGCUAGCACUUUUCUCAAAAGCCAUCGGAAAAGGGGACAUCGUUCUGACAGAGUGCUGGAAGGUGAUUUUCUUGGAGGAGGUAGAAGAGGACUCCUAUUUGAGUCGGAGGAAGAUAUUUGCUGCUGUUUUGCUGCGUUGUUCCAAGGGGACCACUUGGGAGUGGAGUUUGCUACGGAUGCCCACAGCAGGCUUCUUCAGGAGAACGGCUUGCUUUCGGAGGGGCGCAGGCUCCAAUCCAAUGCCCCUCUUGUUUGGGAUGACUGCGCUUCUGGUCUGGUCAUUGAUGAUUUUUUCGUGAUUUCCAGAGAGGUUGUUUCAGAGAAGGAGAACUAUGAGUGGUCCAGGUCAAUGCAGCAGUUCAACAUAGCAAAGGAUGUCUAUGCUAGUGAGGGCCUUUUGUGCUCAGACGACAAGGACAUCAAAGCUGCCUCGGUUUUCAAAGUUUGCGGAGGUGAGGUGGUGUCUCAUGCAGCGGCAGUUAGGAGUGGCGUGGUUGCCUUGGGGGCUCCCUAUGAGAAGCGAGUAGCAUUGGCAGCUUUGACUUGCAGGGCUGCUGCUUGGCGCUUCACGUCAGACGCUUUGCAUUCAUGUCUGACUGGCUCCUGGGUUUCCAUGCUGCUGUUGAGGCGUCCCAUGAUGGCUAUUUUGAAUGAGGCCUUCAAUGUGAUUCCUCCUGACGAGCUGCAACCUCAGGAACCGAUGCUCAGGCCGCUGUCCAGAGCUGCUGCCCAGGAGUUUCAGCUUUUGGCGUCUUUAGCAUUGGUCUGCUCAUCAAACCUGGCAGUUCCUUUUUCUGAGGAGAUUUUUGCCUCAGAUGCCUCAAACGAGAAGGGAGGUAUCUGCGAAGCUUUGGUCUCUGAGGAGCUCUCCAAGGUCCUGUGGAGGAGUGCAGAUCGAAGGAGGGAUCCGCUGCCUCUGCUCUCACGGUCUCAGAUCAUUCUCUCUCAAUAUGAGCAGAUGUAUGAGGAGCUGCCAGCAGACAAAGUCCAAGCAGAGGGGCCUCAGUUUGUUGGAGAUGCUUGCGGAGAAAAUCUUGGGGAGCAAGGCGCACCAUCUGAAGUUCCCUGCGAGAGGCCUAUUGGUAUGCGUUUUGACUUCAUUGAGAUUUGUGGAGGAGCCGCAGGAGUUACCAAAGAGCUGGUCAAAGAAGGGGUCAGCUGUGGCCCAGUGCUUGACCUUUCAGUCAGCAAGCAGUUUGACAUUUCAGAGCACAGGGUCAUCCAGUGGGUUGUCUUUAUGCUUGAGGAAGAUAGACUGGAGACUUUCCUAGUAUCCCCUCCCUGCACAUCCUUCAGUCCUGCGGCUCAUCCCUGCGUCCGGAGCUAUAAGGAGCCUCGAGGCUUCGACCAGCAGAAUUGGAAGGUUCGGAUAGGCAACUUGUUGGCCUUUGCUGCCCUCACCUUCCUUUUUGUGGCAUACAGGAUGCAGAAGAGCGGUUUGGGAGAGACCCCUAGGCGUAGUAAGAUGCGUUGGCUAGAGGAGUGGAAGAGACUGAUAGCCUUGGGAGCUGAGGAGGUAUUUCUGGCCAUUUGCAUGUAUGGCUCAGUGCAUCAGAAAGAGUUUUGCUUUCUUGGCGUUAACAUGCAUGUGAAGCUUCUCCAUCGGCGUUGCAGCAGAGACCACCAGCAUAUCAGAAUCCAAGGCAAGUAUACCAAGAUGUCCGCAAUUUAUUGCGAGGGACUCUGUAGGGCGUUGGCAGUUUUCUUCAGGGACCAUAUUCUGGCCAAGAGGAGAGCAGGUGUUGCAGCGUGUAUCAAGCUCCUUAGAGACCUUGUGAGGAAAGGAGGUGAUCUUCGGCAGACAAUCUUCCUGGACUCCCAUGUUGCUCUCUCAGUUUUUGUGAGAGGCCGCUCCUCGGUAAAGUCCCUGCAGCAUCAGCUCAGGAAGUUUGCAGUUCUUUGCAUAGCAGGAGGUUUGUAUCCGGCCUUCAGGUUUGCUCCAACAAGAAUGAAUCCAGCAGAUGCUCCCACAAGGGAUAGAGAGGUCCCAUCACCUGAAAGUUUUACGGCACUUGCAAACUGCAGUGCAGAGUCACAACAUGUAGCUGCUAGGUGUAAGGGCCUCAGAAGAUGGGCAGCAAAUUGGGCACGCCUUGUCCUGCUCCUGCAUACCUCCCUGUUGCCUUUUCUAGCAUGCCAUGACCUGCGGAAGCACCCCAUCUGCCCCAUCCUCCAGCGUGAGUGGACUUUGGAUUUUGAUUCCACGCUGGGGUAUCCAGGGGAAGGGCCACUCUUCAGGCUCUUUGUCUCUCUCUCUGCCGUAUGGGGAUUUUUGGGCUUAGUAGUAGCUGUAGGUCCUAGCCAUGGCGAUGAGCAGCGCAAGCAUCAGCGUUCUGGGAUUGUUUUGGAAGAGGGCCGUCGCGUCACAGAGACAACAGCAAAUGUGCGUGGGUUGCUUUUUCAAAAUUUUCUGGGCUGGCUUAGUGACCAAGGUGUUGAUUUUGAUGAUCUGGUGAUGUCAUCUCCUCCAGACGUGGAUCGCAUCAACAAGGUUUUAGUGCAGUAUGGCAAAUGGCUGUUCUCGGAAGGGAAACCAUAUUACCACCUGAGUGAAACCAUAAACCUUGUGACAAGCAAGCGCCCUGUGAUUCGGCGAUCGCUGCAGCAGGCUUGGGACCUCUGUUUUAUGUGGGGGUCACAUGAGCCAGUUGAACAUCACGUUGCCAUGCCCUACCAGAUUUUGAUUGCAUUGAUCUCUGCAGCAUGGUGGUGGGGCUGGCAUCGAGAAGCGGCAGUAUUUGCUCUUUCUUGGGGUGCUUUGCUUCGGAUAGGUGAGGUCUAUGAGGCCAAACGAUCAGACCUUAUUCUGCCUGAGGAUGUAGACAACACCAAUGAUUUUGCUUUGCUCCGAAUUCGGGAACCCAAAACGCGUUUCAGGGCGGCCAGACACCAAGCAGGUCGGCUCGAGCAUGUUGACCUGUUAGAGGUAGUCAAAAUCGGAUUCCAGCGUUUGAGGCCAGAAGAGAAAUUGUGGCCUUUUUCCGGAGCAACUCUGAGGUCUCGUUUGCACAAGCUUUUGCACCAACUAGGCCUACCAACUGAGCUCCAGAAUAAACCAAAACCGCUGUCCUUGGCAAGCUUUCGACCUGGUGGGGCAACACACAUGAUUUCUGUUUGCGACAAUGCUGAAACUGUGAGGCGGCGUGGCCGCUGGGCCAGUUUUAAGGUGAUGGAGAUUUACUUGCAGGAGGUCAGUUCCUCCACCUACCUUAACCUGAUCAGCAAUGAAAGCAAACUGAAUGUGCUCAACGGCUGCGAGGAUGAGCCAAAAAGGAGCGAGAGUUUGAGUCCUUGGAUGAGUAAGGACGAUGGCGCCUGUGAAUUUUUGGUGCUCAAGCUUCCCUCCUCCAACCCCAUGGCUUCAGAGCUUUGUCACUUUCUACAGGACCAUUUGGGGGUCGAACCCGGAGUCGUCCAGGUGAUGAUGAGUGUGGUCAAGGACUUAGCACCUGAACCGGUCUACCUGAGUCUACGUGCCAAGGGCACCCCUCCAAGGAAGGAGAAGGUACAGGAACUGCUCGCAGGAAUUGGCAGGUACUUGGAGAGCAAAGGCCUGAGCCGAGGUAAGAUUCGUAUCGAGCUUUUUGAGCCAUCGCAGCAAGCGGUGGGAUCCCAAACAGCUGCGGUGGAACGGCUGCGGGUCUUAGCAAUGGACCAACAACAAGCGGCACAGGUCCUCCAGUCGCUCCAGGAACUACAGACCGAGGUCAAUCGACUAAGAGGCCGAGAAGCUGAACUGACAGCACAGGUCGCUUCUUUUGGUGCCGGUUCGGCUGCUUCAGCUGGACCUGGCAGUGCACUGGCACAGUUGGUGCAGUCACAAAAGGAGCUUGUGGACGCCCUUAGAUCGAAAGAACAAGUCCGGUUGGUCGACAACAAGGGCCUUGGCAAGCCCGACAAGUUUGAUGGGACAGCCGAAAGAUUCUUGUCAUGGAAAAUCAAGACGUCCUCCUAUCUUGCAAGUGUUCGCAAAGACCUUCGUGAGAUUCUGGUUUGGGCCGAAGAUUGCGAUCAUGCAAUCACUGCAGAUGACAUCGACAAGGCUUUUGGGAGUCAAGCAGAUGCCAUUGACCAGGUGUCGAACAUCAGUGAAUUGAGACGCGAGCUUUGGGAUGCGCUGCUAAUGCUGACAGAGCGUGAGCCCUUUGACAUCGUGCUGAACACCGGGGAAUGCGGCAUCGAAAGCUGGAGAAAGCUCACGCGGAGGUACGACCCAUCCACUGGUGGUCGCAAACGCGCUCUCCUCAAUGCAAUCUUGUCACCGGCUCGAUCCAAGAUGGAAGAUUUGCCGUCCAACCUGGAGAAGCUUCUUGACAGCAUCAGACUUUAUGAACGUCGCAAAGACGCAUCUGGCAACCGAACGAUGUUGGCAGAAGACAUCAAGAUCAACGUGAUUGAACGAUUGGUGCCGGCAGAGCUCGAGCGUCAUCUCGUUCUCAAUCGAGAUCGCUUCAAAACGUUCGAGUCCAUGCUGUCCGAGAUCCAGUCCUAUGUGGAACAUGCCACCGGCAACAAGAUCAAGGUGGUGAACAGCCAGCCCUACGACGCACAUGGCCGUGGGGACGAUCCUAUGGAUGUCGGAAGCUUUGGAAAAGAUGCAAAGGGAAAAGGUAAGGGCAAGAAGGGAGCUGGAGGAAAACCUGGAAAGGGAAAUGCAACAGCUGAGAAGAGAACAUGUCACAACUGCGGACGCCCAGGACAUCUGCGGGCAGAUUGCUGGGCACCUGGAGGCCCCAAACAUAAGGGGACGGGUGGCAAAGGCAACAGCAAUCAGAAUAAGGACAAGGGCAAGGGCAAAGGCAGCCCCGGAAAGCACAAGCAGAAGCCCAAAGGAGGCAAAUCUGUGAACAAUGUCGAACAAGGUGAACCAGAAGCAGAAGACUGGGACGCAGCUGAUGGCGACGAUGGUCAACAAGCAGCAAAUGGUUUAACGCUCUAUGGUGUUGAUGGGCCACCACAUGACGAGGAUGACGACGAAAGUUUCCAGGUCGAUCCCGAGUCCGAGGAGUCGGAAGCCUCGACAAGUCGCAGAAGGUGGUUUUCUUUGCCUCACCCACGUGCGUCAUGGCCUGAAGAGUGGGACGACCCCGACUAUGAUGGACCGAGUGGAUCGAGUGGCUCAAGACCCCUUCGGUCGCUUCGACUGGAGGAGGUCACCGAGCACGAGACCACUACAUCCAAGUCCGCGUCUUCCAAGGCACCUCGAACGCCACAGGGAAGACCCAAGAGGGGCAGAAGUCCAAAGAGCUCAACACCAAAGAGAGGCAAAGCAAGCAGAUCAGGGCCAGUCACUCCGGAGUCAGCACUCCGACGCUUUCGAAUGACUUCGAUGACACCACCACCAAGGAGAAGGUUGAGGCAUGGGCCACAGACUCCAGAAGAACUUCUUCGUAGCUCUACACCUUUGCCAAAGACACCACCGACACCUAUAGCAUGGCCUGCAUCACCUCCACAACAGCCGAUAGCCUCGCCCAAGACUCCACCAGGACCACCACCAGGAUGGCAAAGCCAAGUAGCUUCACCCAAGACUCCGCCAUGUCCACCACCGGGAUGGCAAAGCUCUCAGGUGAAGCCACCACCACCUGUCAAGGCAUCAUCGGCAGCUUCGACUUCAGGUUCUCGACUUGUCCAGAUGCUGAAGGCUGCGCUGAGUUCACAAAUCCGCAAAGUCCAAGAAGAAGAUCCUGGUUCAGGAGAUGGCCAGGCAGAUGCGAUGUUAGCGGCUUUGAGGACUAGAUCUGUCAAGGCACCGCACAUCACAAAGCAGAACAUCAGCGAUCCUUCUUUCCACGACUCGAGAUACCAUGCCGAGAUUGCCAAAGGUGUUGCACACAAUGUGGCCUGGAGAAAUGAACGUUUGAGAAGACGUGCAAUCGUCCACCGACGUGGAGGAGUCAAGGCACGUGCGGCUGAAAGGAUUCGACUUGACAAAGAAUGGCAUGAACGCUUUGACAACCCAGAAAAUCCAGAAGGCAUAGUGAGAAUCGAGGAUGAAGACAACUUGGAUGCGGGCAUCGAGACGGUGGUUGUGGGCAAAGCUGGUCAGAGCACAGUGAUAGAGUUUUCAGCGGAAGAGCGGAAAACCUUGAGGCAGUUCCCGGACGACGAGGCCAAGUUGCUGCAGAAGGACCCCAAGAAGAAACCCAUGACCAAGCGUGUUCGAAGCGUUGGGUACAGGGUGAAGAAGAAUCGCAACCGCAAUGUGGCGCGCAAGAUGGCGAGGAAGAACCGACCAGCCUUGGUUCUGAAGGAAAACACUGAAGUGAACGCAGAUGAAGAUGAUGAUGAAAUGGAAGAGGUCUACAUCGAAGAGCCUGAUGAGCCUCGAGACCGACCAGGCAGAGGAGACCCCGAUGGUGGAGCUGGAUCGGCUCCUGCUGCAGUCUACAGCUUGGGGGCCUCUGAUGACUGGCGAAAAUGGGAACGAGCAGAGUUGAACAUCGACACCGGUGCUGCCAUCACUGCAGUACCACUUGACUUCGCCAAGGACUACCCGAGGAGCGAGUCCAAUGGAGCAAGCUACAAGGCAGCCAAUGCGGAACCCAUCGAAGAUCAGGGAAGUGUGAAGCUGGUGGGAUACGACGAAUCUGGCAACAAGAUCCCAAUCGAUUGCCGAGUUGCAGAUGUGCAUCGGCCACUUCUUUCAGGUUCCGAGAUCGCCAAGAACUACCACAUCGCCCUUGGACCAUCUUCGGGGAAAUUGAUCCCAAGAAACACUCCUGCGGGACGGGCCUAUUCGAAGGCCAUGAAAGAUCUGAUCCGAGAUUAUGGCGAUUCAAUGCCCAUUGUGCACAAUCGCCGAGGCAUCUAUGUGUUGGACUAUUGGGUGUCACCUUUUCAGGGGCAUCCUCAAGAGGAGUAA